AUGUUGGUCGUCGGUCUUACAGGGGGUAUCGCAACGGGUAAAUCAACUGUAUCCAGCCUUUUCAAGUCCCAGCAGGUACCCGUCAUCGACGCAGACGUUCUUGCACGGGAGGUGGUACAGCCUGGAACCAAAGGGCUCGCUCAAAUAGUCGCAUACUUCGGUUCUGAAGUGCUACUCCCAGAUGGCACCCUCGAUAGGAAGAAACUUGGUGCUAUUAUCUUCAACAGCGAGGCGAAGCGGAAGAAAUUGAAUUCUAUCAUCCACCCUGCUGUCUCGCGUGCCAUUAUUUCUGAUGUGUUUUGGUGCUGGUUGAGAGGAGAGAAAUUGUGUGUUGUGGAUGUCCCUCUUCUAAUAGAGGGAGGGCUGUGGAAAUGGAUGGGAAAAGUCAUCGUGGUGUACUGUUCGGCAGACAUUCAGCUGCAGCGGCUCAUGAAGCGCGACAGAUCGUCCCGUGAAGACGCUUCAGCGCGCCUUAAUUCACAGCUUCCCAUCGCGCAGAAAGUGGAAUAUGCCGAUAUCGUCGUCGAUAAUUCUGGGGACUUGCAGGAUCUGGAACAGCAAGUUCAGUCGUGUCUUGUGAAGUUAGAACGGAUGGCUGGGUGGUCGUGGAGGUUUAACUGGCUUUUCCCUCCAUUUGCUUUGGUUUCUGCGCUAUGGACAUUGGGAUGGAGGUCUGUCAAACGAUCGCGACGACGGAUUCGGAGGCUAGUUUAGAGCCUGUAGACUUGUGUACUCUUAUCCGUCUGUGCUACAUACGGUCACGAUGCAUAAAUAAUCAAAGCGAUGGACAUGAGGUCACUAGAUGCAACGUGCGAGAUGUAUAUUGUAAAGUAAUGGUGCAGUGUAUGUUACAACCUGUGGUCCUGUCCCGACUCCCGUAGGUGCCAAACCAACAACUCCUCCUUUCGGCACUGUUUCAUGCCGGAAGUCCAAGCAAUUCACGCUUGUCAGCAAGCUCAUCCCGAAGCAUAACAAUUCGGCUAUCAAGC